CUAAAUGGCGAAUCACAAAUCGAAGCAUUGACUAUACAACUGGAUUAUGUGGAACUGAAGAGAACACUCUGGAUGUUAGAAAGAUAACCGACCUCAAAUACAGACGUUCAUGUUUCCAGCUGCUAACCGGUCGUGGAACGUUGGUAAUUUAUUCAAACGAUAACACGGAUCCCGAGUUAAGAAUAUCAUCACGGGGAAUGAGAGAAACAUAUCGGAAGCUAAAGGAAGUUUGGACGUCUGGUGGUGUGGCUCCUUCUGUGCAAAUUUUUGAACAUCAUCAUUGA